ACCCGGGAUAUUUGCAUGCAUGAACAACGCUGAUUUCGAUGUGAAUUGGUUUAGCUGUAUACCGCUGGGCGCUGGUGUUAUAUAGGGACAGGCUAAACUCAGAUCUCUGUCUUCGUCUACUCAAUCUAACUCUGGUCCAGAACCUGUGUCUUUCAGUAUCGGAUGAUAGAGAGAAUGUCGGGAUCCACAGAUGACACGAUGAUUACACCGGAAGAAGCCUUUGACUUCGUGCGUGAUGCCCUGUGCAUCCCUGCGCCGUCCACCAAGUUCGAGGCGAGUCCAAAGGACUUUCUUCAAGACCUCCUGCGAGCGUAUCUCCAUCACUUCCCGUACCAGAACGUCAAAAAUAUUGCCACGCCCCACCGCAAGAGACAUGUUCCUACCGUAGCCGAGAUCAAGCAGGAUAUUCUUACCGAUAAGAUAGGCGGACUUUGUUACCAACAGAAUGUCUUCUUCUAUCUCCUCCUCCAAGCUUUGGGUUUUGAUGUAACGCUUAUCGCUUGCGACAUCGAAAGUCCCAGCGACCAUGCCGCCGUAAUCGUCCACAAUUUGACAAGUGAGGGCAGCAGGCAUUACGCCGACGUCGGGAACGGGAAUCCGUAUUUUUGCGCAGUUCCCUUCGACUUCAAGGACGAGUCACCUGUGUACCACGAGUCCUUCCUGCGUUUCAAGUUUUCCCGCCAAGAUGACGUCAUAUUUUGUUUGCAUCAAGUCGACGGUCACCCGGCCAAGCAGACCAUGGAAGCCUUUCCUGUCACCGAUGGUUGGUACCGAUUUAUCCGCAUUAAUUUCAAGAAAGGUGUCGAGGUAGCCCACUUUAAACCCAGCAUGGCACCGAUCUAUGUCAGCAUUGAUGAUAUGCCUAGACAUUUCUUUCUAACCAGCCUCAGAUGCAUGGCGUUUCCCGACGGUCGCUUUGUUUGUAUCAAUAACACUACUCUAUUAAUAGAGAAUGAGCCUGGAUGCAUUUCGAAGUCCUACUUCAGGUCUCGUGAAGAGAUAAAAGAGGCGUUUGCCAAAUAUUUCCCUCAGAUUUCACAGUCAAUGCUGGACGAAGCCAUGAAUGAUGAUUAUGUCAAGUUAGAUUACAAAAAGGGGAUUUUGUAAAUACGUCAUUAAAACUGCUUAUGAUUUUUGUUUUAUUAAUUAUUAAAUCAUAGAGAGAGAGAGAAAGAGAAAAAUGGGGGGGGGGGGGGAGGAUGCCUGAUAUUCCAUGUUAAAGCGACGCGAACUGAAAGGCACAAGAAUGGGGAUCGACGAGGACCUUACCAAGACAAACGCUAACUUAUUAUCAAAAGCGAAAAAUUGUGAGAAGACACUUACCGCAUCGUCUUCCGAUGGCAGAAUACUCGGCCUCUUCCCAACGAGUGGAGGCAAACAAAUUAAACGAUUAAUUACGAGCGAAAAUGACUUAAAGUGACUAUUAAAGACUUUUCUCUAGCACUAAAGCUAUCACUGACUCUACAGAGACCCAUUUCCCAAUUGUUAUCAAUCAUGCAAUUACUGUGGUGCAUUACAAAUCUGCAGUAUUUCUCUGUACUCUAAGAACUUUUUGUUUCUUUUUCUUUUUUAUGUAAUAGUAGUAAUAACUUUGGUUUUGUGAAUAUUUAUUCUUGUAUAUUUAUGUGUAUACGUGUGAAUGAUGACCCUUCGGGCAUCAUAUGAACGUGCAAUCAGUAAUGUUGAUUUGAGUACAGUUUCCCAUAUUUUGUCACCUAUGAUUGGAGAUAAUGAGACGUUUGGAAUAGAUCAAUCUUUUAUUUGCCUGAUGACCUUAAUUCUACCCUUUUGAAAUAUUCUUUGAACUCGAUAAAUUUUCCAAAUUACAUAUGAAGUGUUGUGUCUACGGAGACUACUGAAGAGAUCAGGUAUCAACAUAAUUAUAAAACGCAGUGUGGGAGCACAAGGGUAGAAUUAUGAACUACAUGGACAAGAUUAUGUAAAAGAAAAGGGGUGAGUGGGUGUGGACCGCAUGUUUCGUUGACGAUCAGCCAUGCAUCAAGUCUUUAGUCUUCUUUUUGCAUGGCUGAUCGUCAACG